GCCAGGGCCCAGGUGAACAUCUAGUCUAAGCUCGCGACAGACACUGGUGCCAACUGUGCCUCUUCGUUGAUCGAGGAAACACGUUCACCUGUCGCCCGCUUCAAGAAAAGCUUCAUCACCGACCAUCAUGGCUGCGCAAUCGAAGCCUACAAUUUCCCCCUGGGGCCGCGCCGUGGCCGGGGCGAGUGGUGCUGUUCUCGCCAACGCGCUGGUAUACCCUCUCGACAUCGUCAAGACUCGACUUCAAGUCCAGGUCCGUUCCGAUGCUCUCAAGGGCUCUACCGACGCCGACGAACAACAUUACAAGUCCACAUGGGAUGCGAUUUCGCGCAUCGCGGCCGAAGACGGAGUGAAGGGACUCUACGCUGGCAUGAAUGGUGCCCUGCUUGGUGUCGCAUCAACCAAUUUUGCCUACUUCUACUGGUACACUAUUGUCAGGACUCUGUACUUCAAGUCGCGCGGGUCAGACGUGCAUCCUUCAACACUCGUGGAGCUUGCGCUGGGAGCCAUCGCAGGCGCCAUCGCUCAGAUUUUCACCAUCCCUGUCGCCGUGGUGACGACACGUCAGCAGACAGCCACGAAGGAGGAUCGAAAGGGCCUCCUCGCAACAGCGCGCGAGGUCAUCGAUGGCCCAGAUGGUGUGUCGGGUCUGUGGCGAGGCCUGAAGGCGAGUCUCGUGCUUGUCGUCAAUCCCGCCAUCACCUACGGUGCCUAUGAACGACUCAAGGAUACCUUCUUCCCAGGCAAGACCACCUUGAGGCCAGCCGAAGCAUUCCUCCUGGGUGCUAUGUCCAAGGCUCUGGCAACGAUUGCUACACAGCCGCUCAUUGUAGCCAAGGUCGGCCUGCAAUCUAAGCCACCUCCUGCUCGCAAUGGCAAGCCUUUCAGCAGUUUCGUGGAGGUGAUGAAGUUCAUUAUCCAGCACGAGGGUGUCUUAGGCCUCUUCAAGGGUAUUGGCCCCCAGAUCUUGAAGGGAUUCCUCGUGCAAGGUAUCCUCAUGACCACAAAGGAGAGAGUGGAACUCAUGUUUAUUCUCUUCAUCCGUUAUCUCAAGUCUCUCCGCUUCAGUAAGCUGAGCAAGACUGCAGAGGCAACAGCUGCUUCCGCAACUGCGGUGGCGCACAGCGUCGCGGCCAAGCCAGUGACCACCACAAACUGAAUAACAGGACCAGGGAUGGUAUUGGUGUUUGGGAGAAUGGGCUUGGGAAUAGAAACGAAUGGUUGUAUUUAUCUCACUUGCUUCAAAAGAACGGGAGUAAUGACCGUCCACUUGGAUAGCGGAGAAGCACUUAUUGAAUUGCCCGCCACCUUUCUAGAAUUUUGAGCGAUAGCUAGCUUUUGAAUGCCCAGUAUAGGAGAACCAUACC